AUGGAAUAUCCAUCUUAUAAUUCCAAAAUACCCCAUGGAUCAACAUCAAAAUUAAUUGUUUCAUAUAAAACAGAAAAUGUCCCUUUUAAAACUAAAAUGAUAAAUAUUGAAGGAGAAAUGAUUGAAAUCCCUAUGUGUAUGUUAGAAAAUGGCAAUUUAUUUAGAUCAAUAUUUAUAAAAAGGGUAUUUUAUUCUUUACCUCUUCAUUCACAACAAUAUUUAUGCAAAUUUUUGCCACAAAGCAAUGUUAAAUCGUUGGAUGAACAUUUAACAAAUGCAUUUACCCCAUAUCCAGUGUUUAAUUUUCCCAAUAACUUUGAAAAAUUAAGAUAUAAAUUAAAUAAUAACCAUUUUGAACCUAGUUAUUUAGAAAAUCUUAUAGCAUUUCGUGAAAUCAAACGUGUUUUGUUUGAACAUUUUUAUAGGCAAUAUAAUUUAAAAUUAAUGAAGAAAUUAUUUAUUUCAAGACAUGAAAUUUUAGAAAGAGCAACAUUACAAGGAAAUAAUGUUGAUUUAAAUAAUUUUCCUUCUUCAUCAUAUAAAAUAAGGCAAAAAAAAAGAAAUGGAUUAGAAAGCAAUAUAUCUCGUCGCGCAAAUUUUCGUAUAAAAAGAAUGUUAGAUGAUGUUAAACGUUUAGCAAAUGAUUCCAAUCCAUACUCUUCAGAUGAGGAAGAAAUAGUCGUAAAAAAAUCAAAAUAUACCAAUAUUAGAAGUAGUAUUUACAAUUCAAAAAUUAAUGAUAUUGAUUUGUAUGAACCCACCGAAACUAAAACUAUAAAAGAAAUGUUAAAAGAACAUAAAAAAUUAAAAGAAUGCCAUCCUGACUCACCAUCAUUAGAUACUGAAGGUAUAACACUUUUUGAUGUUUAUAGUAGAGCUGGAUUAAGUAUUCAGUUGGAAAAAAAUUUUGGUGCACAACAAAAGGAAAGAAUAGAAAAAAAAUCAAAAUUUCCUUUUGUUGGAGGAAGAGGAAAUAAAAAAAUGAUAUUUAUAAAUAUGCCUUUGUCUUUUUAUUGA